CAGAGUCAGGAUCAGGCAGGAUGCAGGUACAGGGGCUCAUCGGGCUGGGCAGCAGGCUGAGGCACAUCGGGCUGGGCAGCAGGCCAAGGCACAUCGGGUGGAGCAGCGGGCACCGGGCCAUCAGGCGAGGAAGCCGGCCAUCAGGCUAGGCAGCGGGCACCGGGCCAUCAGGCGGAGCAGCGGGCACCGGGCACCGGGCCAUCAGGUGGAGCAGCGGGCACCGGGUCACCAAGCUCGACAGCGGGCACCGAGCCAUCUGGCAUGACAGCGGGCACCGAGUCAUCUGGCACGACAGCGGGCACCGAGCCACCAAGCUCGACAGCGGGCACUUGGUCAUCUGGCACGACAGCGGGCACCGAGUCAUCUGGCACGACAGCAGGCACUGGGUCACCUGGCACGACAGCAGGCACCGAGUCAUCUGGCACGACAGCGGGCACCGAG